UUCUAGCCUGGGAUUGGUCGAGGAGCUUUACUUUCCAAUAAUAUAAACAUGUCUACUGCUUGCCUGGCUUGAACCAAGGCUUACAAGGGACUAUGCAGUUCUACAUCAAACUGUAUAAAAACUCUCAUUAUGUAUUUGCCUGUGUUGUUGCAGGACUAAAUCUUUAUUGUUGGUAGAGAAUAUGCACAUAGCUGCACGUGCACGCGUGAGGAAACGAGGAUACCCUGCUGCCGCUGCUGCAAGAAAGAGAGAGGGGACUCUGCCGUGCUUUCAUCAUUAUAAUCACCAUCCUAAGUAUUAGCUCUUAACAUUUUGUUUUUCGGUGUUCAGGCGAGAAGUGACAAGAACAUAGACCCCUCCUCUGCAGGGCGGAGCGUGCGUUUUCAUUUCGUAUUUUGUAUUUUUUAUUUUUUUUUCUACCCCUGUUCCCUGCUCUGACACGUCUGCACUGAGUGAGUGGCAUUGGCACACUGUCAAUCGCUCACUACCGCUGCCAUCAAACAACAUAAAACACACACAGGCAGAGGCUGGAGCUCAUAAAUUUCAGCAGGGCAAGAUAUUUUUUGCGCAUCGCCUUUAUACAGCGUUGUAGCCUCAUUAAUUUCUUCUCGUGGUUGCUUUUUUUCUAAACAGAAAUCUCCCAACUUUUUUGUACAUUUAAAAAUUUUUAUAGUCACAUUUGGACACCUUAUGCCGAAGAUUGUGUAUUUUUGUUAAUACUGUCAGUUGUCGCGGGAAUCAUUUCGGCACAUUUAUAGUUGGCAACACCUGCAAGAUUUUUUAUUUGUUUACACGUUUCCACAUUGGAUAUUUUUGUUGCCGGUGCUUCACGGGGAGGAUUUGGACAUUCUUUUGGAGAGGCAAUGCGCCGGGAAUCCCAUGAAGAGCGCUAAUAAAUGAGAGAUCACCAAGGAGCGUUUCUGUCUACACCACCCCUCAAAUCCCAGAGAAAAGACAGAUUGGCAUGAGGAUUCGUGCGGGAUACGAUGGACCGUCAAUUUUGAAAAAGAAGUGAUAAGAAGAAGAAAAAAGAUUUAUGCAUUUUUCUACAAACAUAGUCACGCGUUUUGGCACUUUGGACCGCGCGUAAAAAAGCGAGAGGACAGCGAGAACUUGGACACAAGAUUUUACGCUAAAACAUCACUGCUAGGCAUUUUUUCUUUAAAAGAAAAAAACGUGUGUGUGCUCCCCAUCGCUGAAGAAUCACACAGCCGUGUAUCCCCCUUGUCUGCGGCACAUGUUUUAGCCGAUUUCGUAUAUGAGUUUUUCAAUUUGUGUGGCUCAGUGCACAGACUCUUUAGCGGCUACUAUGGACGAUCAAGCCCGGAUCAUGCAGUCCAUCGGCGGUGUCAGUCUGGCCGGCCACUCGGUACAAGGAGGCAUGGCACUGCCGCCUCCACAUGGACACGAUGCAGACGGAGACGGAAGAAAACAAGACAUUGGUGACAUUCUCCAUCAAAUAAUGACCAUAACUGAUCAAAGUCUGGACGAGGCGCAAGCAAAAAACAGGAAACAUGGGCUGAACUGUCACAGAAUGAAACCAGCACUCUUCAGCGUUCUCUGUGAAAUCAAAGAAAAGACAGGUCUCAGCAUCCGUGGUGCCCAGGAGGAGGACCCCCCAGACCCCCAGCUCAUGCGUUUAGACAACAUGCUGCUGGCAGAGGGCGUGGCAGGACCAGAGAAAGGUGGCGGAUCUGCAGCCGCUGCAGCAGCAGCCGCAGCGUCUGGCGGGGCGGGCGACAACUCCAUUGAACAUUCCGACUACAGAGCCAAACUCACCCAGAUUAGACAGAUCUACCACACAGAGCUGGAGAAAUACGAACAGGCAUGUAAUGAAUUCACUACUCAUGUGAUGAACCUGCUGAGGGAACAGUCUCGCACGCGGCCCAUCUCUCCCAAAGAGAUUGAGCGCAUGGUGGGAAUCAUCCACCGUAAAUUCAGCUCCAUCCAGAUGCAACUGAAACAGAGCACCUGUGAAGCUGUCAUGAUCCUGCGCUCCAGAUUCCUUGAUGCCAGGCGGAAAAGGAGAAACUUCAGCAAGCAAGCAACGGAAAUUUUGAACGAAUAUUUCUACUCACACCUCAGCAACCCAUAUCCAAGCGAGGAGGCUAAAGAGGAGCUGGCCAAGAAGUGCAGCAUCACAGUUUCCCAGGGGGUGGGAAGCACCAUCACAGUAUCACAGGUAUCCAACUGGUUUGGCAACAAAAGGAUCCGGUACAAGAAAAAUAUCGGCAAGUUUCAGGAAGAAGCCAACCUGUAUGCCGCCAAGACUGCUGUAAAUGCAGCACACGCUGCAGCCGCUGCAGUGCAGAACAGCCAGGCCAACUCCCCUACCACACCUAACUCCGGAUUCCAGAUGAAAGAUGAAGAGUUUCAGCUGGAUUCUGCAGAGAGCAAAAACACUCUUUUAACCAACAUGUUUACUGGUUCUUCAGGUUCUUUUAACCUCCCAAACUCUGGGGACAUGUUCUUGAGCAUGCAGAGUCUGAAUGGGGAUUCUUACCAAGGGGCACAAGUCGGAGCCAAUGUACAGUCACAGGUGGAUACCCUGCGCCAUGUUAUCAGUCAGACGGCAGGAUACAAUGAUGCUCUUGGGGGAAACACGAUGUAUAGUUCACAUGGCUUAAAUGCUAAUGGGGGAUGGCAAGAUGCAACGACUCCGUCUUCUGUAAUAUCUCCGACAGAAGGACCUGGAAGUGUGCACUCCGAUACCUCGAAUUGAUCCGCUAUUAAUACAUCUUUCAGCUCAAACUGAGCAUGGACUCUUUCACCUGGCUGACAACUGCAGAGGAUAUACAAAAACUUUUCACAACAGAUUCAUUUUUCCUGUACCUUCAAAUGUCCCUCGACCAUGCCACACACACGGAAAAUGACAUUCUCCAUCGUUUAAAACCCAGUGUUUCCUGAUUGUUCCGUGUUUUCUUUCUGCCUUCAUAAAUCAACUUUAAUCACCAUGCUCUUAUUUGUUUGUCGUAGGGGUAAGCACACACAUGUACAAAUAGCAAACAGCCCUCAGAUGAUACUCAGUAAACUUUUAGGAUCUGAGCUUAAAAUACUGGAUGACACGCUACUUAAUGUUUUUUAUGACAUUUUAAAUGGUCAUUUGUUUGAUUCUUGAUUUAAUUACUACUUUUCCAUUUUGAUAAUUGGGUUCUCUUUCAUUUCAUACAAUACAUAGAUUAAAGCAGCUGUUUCUUUGACUGUAAUGUGCUUGCAAUCUUGUCCAGCAACUCAACAAUGCUACUGUUGACAGCUCAAUGGCAGCUUUGUAGUUACUUUCAAGAUUUAUUUUUGCCUUACAGCCGUAUACAUUAGUAGAAGGAAAUGCCUAUUCAAACUCUGGAACAUAAAGAAGUGUAAUUGAUUGCUUGACUAUAACAUGACACCAUUCCAUAUUUUAUAAUUUGAUGUUUAGUAUGUACAUAUGUUAACAUUUUUUUGUACUGCUUAUCAACAAAUCCCCCACAGUAGAUCAUUCCUUCAUGGCACACAGGAGCAGGCCCCGUCACACAGGAAAAGUUGUACAUAAUAUAGCUUAAGAGUAAUUAUACAUCCCACCAAUCAAUACACAGCUUUAUUACCUCAUUCAAUUCAUACAAACAAUAAUAACACAAUAAUUUCCAACAUUUCUUUAGCUUAGAGUGCUCACUUACUACCUCUAAACAAUAUCACCACCAUAGUUUCUUUUGCCCUAAUUUAAUGUUUUUAUGUAGUUAUUUUGAUUACAUCUUGUAACACUGUAAACUCUUCAUUCUCUAUGUAAUCUAAUGUAUAUUUUAAUCUUUUAAUAAAAUGCCGUUGCUGUACUGCAACUUAAAAAGACAAAAAUAAAAAAUGAAAAUGAUAACAAUAUUAAUGCCAUGAAAAAUAGAUGGGGAGGGGGGUGAAGAAGUUGUUGGUAUGUGGCUUUUACGCGGGGGUGCGCUGAACAUUGUUGAUAAAUUAACACCAAACAGUAAAACUGUUGUAAAUACUGAGAAAAAAAACAUUUUGAAUGUUGCUCAUCUUGUUACUAAAUCAUGCAAAAAAGGAAAAAAAAAUCAUUAUAAAAACUGUAAUGCAUAGAGGUUUCAGUAUUCAGAACUGUCAAUUUUCAGCUCUGUUCAACAGGGUUCAAAACUUCCUUUCUCUUUUUUCUAUUGUAUGUGAUUCUGAAACUGAAAAGUCAUGACAAAUGAUUUGUGGCAGUGAUUCUAAUGUAUUAAAGAUGUUUAGUGUUACUUUCUAACCAGACUACACCCUGGACUGAAAAGUCUUCCUUGUGGUAGUUGUGUGAUUUCAAACAUGAAUAAACCUUUUGCUUUCAUGACA